AUGUGGAGCCGCACGGAGCCCGCGCCUGCAGUGGGCGUCGGCAGCGGCGGCGUGAUUCGCGGCGAGAUGGGCGCGCAGUGGAUCCAAUCAUCAACAGGCAACCCCAUCACGGCCCUUGCGCGCCGAUUCAAGCUCAAUAUCGGCGAGCAGAACGGCGAGGAGAUCCAGUACCGCGCGGGCGGCAAGGCCUACACUGACUUUCAGCUAAAAGUCGCGUCGGCCAAGUACGACUGGGCGUUGAAGCGCGCUAAGCAGAUCGCGAAUAAACAGGACAACGACAUCUCGAUGGAGAAGGCGUUUCGAGCCGCGGGAAACUUUCUGAACCCGUACAUCCAGUCGCGCGUGGCAGUGGACUUGGAGUUUGAGUACGCGGGCGACCUCUCCACUCUGUCCGCCUGGUACUAUGAGGACGACGCCUUUCAGCCGCCGGAUCUGGUGGUCACCAACGGCUACGAUAACAUCCCCAAGAAGCUCAUGGAGGUGUGUGGCCGGUUGCUGGUGUGUGGGCGUGUGCAUGGGUUUGACCGUCCUGAUCUGGUAGCUCCAGUGGCUAUGGCAGCAUCCCCGAAAUGUGCAUCAAGCUACGUGGGAGUGUGUCUGUGUGAGCUCAUCCCUCGCUCCCCCUCUCCCACUUCCCCUCUUCUUCAUACUCCCACUUCCCUACUCUCUCUCUUGCUUGCUCCCUCUGUGCUCAUUCCACCUCUUCUCCAACCUCCCUCUUCCUCACUCCCCUUCGUCCCCACCUCUUACCCUACCCCCCAGUACCUUACUCCCCCUCUAUCCCAUAAUCCCUGUCAUGUCCAUCUCAACCUCUGUUUCUCCCUCCAUUUGAGCUCAUCCCUCAUUCCCAUCCCAGUUUUCCUCCCUUUCCCCCACCUCCCUCUUCAGGAGGCCACUGACGCCGGAGCACAGCUGGUGCUCAACUUUGAAGUCACUGCCAUCACCCGCCUAAGCUCGGGAGCAGUGCAGAUCACCGGCAAGGAUACCACCUCAGGCGCCACCCGCUCGUACACAGGCGACGCUGCCAUCAUCACGCUCCCUCUCGGUGUCCUCAAGGCCGGGGUUGUGACCUUCUCUCCCGCGCUCUCUGCGAGAAAGCAAGGCGCCAUAAGGCGCGUUGGGUUUGGAGAUGUCAUCAAGGUGUUCUUCUUCUACAACACCACGUUUUGGCCCACCUGGGCGGACGAGUAUUUUAUCGAGGAUGCACAGCUUCCAGGAAAUCGCGGGCGGUGGGUUGACUGGGUGAAUUUGAAGCGUGCGUGGGGAAUGACGGCUUUGGAGGGUGUUGCGUGUCCAUGGAGGGUAUUUGUCUGGGAUUCGGGAGGCUAA